CCCAAGUGAGCUGGAACUCUGUAGGAAAGCUCCUAGCUCAACUUAAUCUGCUAGGAUCCGAGUUUGUGAAUGAAACAAAAGAAACCCUCUGAGACCUUGGUGCCUGUUUGACUGAUGUUACAGAAAGCUGACUGGAGGAUCUGAUGAAAGGAAGGAGCUUGUUCUUUAACUGAGCAAGAGUUCAUCAUAAAGGCUACAGCCUUUGGCUUGUUGGGAAAACAUUAUGAAGAACCUGCUUGAAAAGUUGUUCAUUCUCUUCCUCAGUAGUCUGCUUGGCACUUUUCUUCUUCAGACACUCCAUAGUUGGCAGACAGAAAUAAGAGAUCCUGAAAAAGAUUGGCUGAGAAGGCAUCGAGAUCGCAAAGCCUCUUUGGACUCCAUCUGCCUGAAACAUACUUUCUCAAAAGGAAAACCAAACCCUCAAGUUGCAAAGCAGAUCUUUGUGGACGAGAGUCACAACUUCAUCUACUGUGAAGUGCCAAAGGUAGGCUGUUCCAACUGGAAAAAAAUUAUUCUCCUCCUCACACUCAACCUGAGCAGGGAUGCCUUAGAAGUAGAUCAUGAUGGAGUCCACACAACACAUCUCUUAAGGAGGUUAAGUUCUUACCCUUCUGAUCAGCAAGUGAAACUUCUGAACAGCAGCAUUAAAGUGAUGUUCACCAGGCAUCCUCUAGAGAGAUUGGUUUCCGCUUACAGAGACAAGCUCUUGCACUUCGAGCCUCAUUACGUCUCUGUGGCAAAAAAGAUCAAGGCCUUGUUCAGGGGAAACCCAAAUUCCACCGAGCAAGUGACUUUCCAGGAAUUUGUAAACUUUGUUUUGACGCAGGCCCCCCAAGAUUUGGACAUACACUGGAAGCCAAUGUUUAUGCUCUGUGAUCCCUGCAACAUUCACUAUGACAUUUUGGGGAAGUACGAGACACUGGGAGAAGACGCUGACCAUGUCCUCAGGACAAUUGGAGCACCAGACGAUCUCCAGUAUCCAGAUUUUAAGAAGUACGGGACAGAGAAGCGGACCAACAACAAUAUCACUCUGAACUACUUCAGCAAACUGAGUAAGGACCAAAUGCAGAAGCUCAAGGACCUUUACUCAAUUGAUUUCUCUUCGUUUAAUUAUUCUUUUCAUUUUUAAAACAAAACUUUGCUGUAAGAUCCAAUCACCAGUUCCCUUCUCUGGGUUCUCUGGUCUCGUGUCUGCUAGAGAACAGGAAGUCCCUGUGGUGGCACCCUGUCUCUGGAAAAUCCCUCUUUAGGGAGGUUGAUCUGGCAUUUUCAUUGUUAUAACAUACAUGCUGAAUUAGGAGCCUUCUGAAUCAGACCACUGGUGCAUCUAGCUCAGCAAUGCUGACACCAACUAGCAGUUGUUCUCCAGUGCUUUAGGGCACUACCAGAUAACCUGUUUCUUGAGCAUUCAUCCUGAUUGAUUUGCAGGGCACUUAGAUAACACUGGCUAUUUGAUGAGUGUUCAUUCUGAUUUGUUCAUGGGGAUGUUAGAUGAUGUUGCAUCAAAGCAGGUGUCACCCCACAAUGCAUUUCCAGUGCAUUUUCCUGGCACUUCCUUUAUUGCAAAAAAUCCAGCCUUUGGGGGAAACAGGUUUGUUACACAAUA